AUGCAGGAUAGGGGUGCACCAAUUCCAAUUCCAAUCAAUCCCAAUUCCAAUUCUUGGCUUGGAAUUGGCGGAAUUGGUUGGAAUUGGAAUUGGAAUUGGUUGGAAUUGGAAUUGGAAUUGAUCGGAAUUGAUUCAUUGGAUGCUCAUAUGACUACAUCAAAAUUAAUUCGUCAAUUUCAUGGAAAAGAUAUUCCAAUAGAAAUGUUGAGUAAUAUGGAUUCAUUAUAUUAUCGUUUAAAUAACUAUGAAGAAAGUCCUCAUCAAGUUGAAUCAGCUUAUACUAAUUCAAUUCUUAUUACAAUGCGUUAUAAUUUAGCUCGUGUAUGCGAAGCAUCAUUUGAACUUAAUAAAACUGAAACAUUAUAUAAAGAAAUUUUACAUCAUGAGCAUGAUUCACAAGAUGUUGUUGCACAUCUAACUCUAGUUGUACUAAAAGCCCGUGAUUUAAUACCACCAAUGACAACACCAGAACGAUUCGUAAGCUUUUUAAAUCUCUAUUGUGAAAUAACUAUCGGUUCAUUAACAUUAAAAACUCCAUUUAUGAAACGAACAAAUAAUCCAAAAUGGAAUACAUCUAUUCAAUUCUCUCUACAUAAUAUUACUGAAGAUAUUAUUUAUAUUAAUAUAUUCCAUAAUAAUUUUUUUUCCACCAAAUGGUUUGUUGGAAAUGUUUUUCUUUCAUUUCCAUCAAAACAUCCGUCUCUUCUUUUCUUGUUUUUGCAAAAUAUUGGCUAUACAUCUGCCUCAUCUAAAGUUAUUUUAAAUAAAAUUAAAGUUUUAUGUAAACGAUGUCAACAAUUAGAGUAUCUAUUACUUGAUGAACAUGAUUUUCAUUCUAACAAAACAUUGAACCUCGAUCAAGUUUAA